AUGGGAGCGGCGCUCACUGUGCGGUGACGGUGACGGUGAUGGCGGUGCCGGCUGGUGUUGAGUUGUCGGCGCUGGAGGAGACGCUGGGGCUGGGCGGCGGGGGCAGCGGGGAGCGGCGGUACCGCCAGGGCGAUGGCGGGGUUCCGGUGCUACAAACAAACAACAGGCCUGAUUUGGCGGGGUUGACAACCAUUGCAUCACAUCUCGUAAAAGUAGCCAAAAAAGAGGAGCUAUUGGGAACUACUCCUGAACAGAGUGCCAUAGUUCAGCAGUGGCUUGAAUAUAGGGUGAUUCACAUAGACCGGUGUAACACUCAAGAUGAUAAAAGGACGAUUUUAAAGGAUCUCAAUUGCUACCUUAAAGAUAAGGUUUACCUGGCAGGAAACAACUUCACUUUAGCAGAUAUCAUGUUAUACAACGGUCUUCAUCCUAUUGUGGCUGGACUGACUCAUGAAGAUCGAGAAAAACAUGUGAAUGUGUCGCGAUGGUUCAACCACAUCCAACAUUAUCCUGGAGUCCGACAACAUUCUGCUGCUGUCAUCUUUAUGAAAAACAGGCUCUACCCUACUGUCCACUAGAAAAGCAGCACACCGUGGGGUUGUAUUUGAAAGUUUCCUUGUCAUGAUUGAAAUAGUGAAUGUUGCCAUGGGCUCGCUUUGGGAUUCUAGUGUACGUGGGAAUGAGUCACCCCUUUUAUCCAACUUCUGUCUGCUUUUGGUCAGAAUGUAACACUCAGCAACUUUAAAAAAUUCCAUUUAUUUUAUAAAUUAGCACCACAAUAUGCUACAGUCACGGUAGUACAUGUUUUUCCUACUGUGCAACAGGCUGUUUUAUCAAAUUAUGUUCAGAAUUGUUUACAAUUUCCUGCAUAAAAGCAGACUAUUGUACCCACCCAUCCCCAUUGUCAUCAAUACUCCACUCAGGCCUACCUCUACCCUUUUGAGUACAACUUAAUCAGGACAAACCUCUCCCUGCUCAGCUGCUCUGUCCUUAAGAUACCUCUGCUGUUUGUUUCGCUGCUCACUCUGGUUGUGAGUUACACAUUCGUAAUGCUGCUACAGUAAAGAAGCUUUUUCUCAAUUCCCAGCUUGACUGCCUUCUAUUGGCCAUCUCCUCACAAAUAGAAAUCCUUGUUUUAAUGUCCACUCAUUCUGAACUAUUUUCUCAUCCAACAGCCCACUCUUUUCAAGUGGAGUUCCAGCCUGUUUAUCUACUCCUGUGAAGGUGAACAUCAUAUUUCUGCUACCGUCCUUGACAACUCUUUAUUUGCCAGCUUUCCACUUCCUCUGCGUCCCUGUGUGAGCAUAUAUACAUACAGAACUAAUCUAGGGGAGCAAAGACUUGUUAUAAUUAAUCCCAUUUUUCGAUUUUAUUACUUGAAAAAUAAACCUAAAUACUUUUUUUUCUCGUCUUUUUAUUGGUUGGUACUGUAAAAUCCAUUGUACCGCUACUCACUUUUGAGUUUAUUUACCCAACAUUUCUUUUUAACAAAAUGUGGAACUGGAACAAGUCUUAUUUCCAAGCAGCUACUUCCAUAUAUGGAAUUACAAUAGACAAUAGGUACAGGAGUAGGCCAUUUGGCCCUUCAAGCCAGCACUGCCAUUCAAUGUGAUCAUGGCUGAUCAUCCCCAAUCAGUACCCCGUUCCUGCCUUCUCCCCAUAUCCCCUGCUCCGCUAUUUUUAAGAGCCCUAUCUAGCUCUCUCUUGAGAGCAUCCAGAGAACCUGCCUCCACCACCCUCUGAGGCAGAGAAUUCCACAGACUCACCACUCUGUGUGAGAAAAAGUGUUUCCUCGUCUCCGUUCUAAAUGGCUUAUUCCAUAUUCUUAAACUGUGGCCCCUGGUUCUGGAUACAGUGGCCCUGGGUACAGUGAUCUGGAAUCGUCAAACUACUUAAGAGUCUUAGAAAGAUUUGUGAUGAAACAAUACCAGCUGACAGAGGUAAAGGGAAAUCAACAAUCUAAGCUUGAAUUUAAUUUAAAAAAAAUAAAUGCAGCUUGCAUAUGGAUGAACAAUUACUUAUUUAAGUGCAUGAUAUUAUUAUCUUUAAAUAUUCUGCUCGCUAACUUAAAUUCUAAGGACUUUGCAUAAAAUACUUUUACCUUCUAUUGUGUUUCACUGUCGUCUGUGCUACUAAUAGUGCAAGGUUUACAAAAAUGCUGGAGAAACUCAGCGGGUGCAGCAGCAUCUGUGGAGCGAAGGAGAUAGGCAACGUUUCGGGCUGAAACCCAAGGGAAAACCUUCGAUUUUCCAGCAUCUGCAGUUCCUUCUUAAACUCUUAACUACUAAUAGUGCAUUUCUAAACAGUUCAACCAGCCAUUGUUUCUUCUAAUAUUAAGUAUGGUUCAUCAAUUAAGUUCCAAUUUGUUUUAUGUGGCUUAAUGUUGUUUUAAAAUUGUUUACAUUUUUAAUUUUUAUCAUUGGUGGAAAAAGUGCCAAUUGUAAAAGAACUUUGUCAAAGGGAGCCAGCAAUCUUGACUUGUCAAUGUAACAUUUUUACAGAGACCCCCCCCCCCCCCCCCCCCCCCCCCUGUUAAAUGUAGUGACUAUUUUACAUUGUAUGAUUAGUAUUUAUUGGUGGGUGCCUGCAAUUCAUACUCUCAGAUAUGCUGUAAUAAAGCAUAGAUUUAAACCAAUUUUGUGUCUAUUUGUGCAUUUGCUUGAAAAGCUUGCAAAUCUGGGAAUAAUUGUUUUGGCAUUUGUUUUACAUGAAUGUACAAAUUAAAAAUCAUAUCUUGACCAGCU